AUGAGUCCCCUGUAUUACGAAAAGAAAAUUGUGAAGAAGCUAAUACAACACGACUCCUUAGUAUUACUAGCAAACGGUUUCAACGAACUGAACAUUUUAGCUAUUUUUAUUUUUUACUACCAAAAUAGAUGUCUAUGGUAUGAAAAGUACAUAACCAAUGAUGAAAACAUCUUCUUCGGUUUGUUUAAACUAAAUAUACAUAAAGAUGUUGAUGAAAAUGAGUUGUUCAAAAAUUCAAAUAAACAGAAUUACGAGAAUUUAAACGAAUUUGCUAGUACAAGUAGGUCAGAAGUUAUUAUCGAUAACAUUGAUUGUGACUCUGGAAAUAACCCAAAAGAAUGUAGCUGUGAUGGUGCACAUAAAACCAUUAGAGAUGGCCAUAUUAUAAGUAAUAAGGUAAACUUUGAAAAUAAGAACAAAUUAAUUUUUAUACUGAACGUUUCCCCGAAGGAGUAUAACUUAUUCCUAAAAUAUCAACUUAUGUUAUGUGAAGGUAUUAGCAAAUUUGAUAAAGUAUUCAAUGAUAGUGUUAAAAUAAAUUACUUAAAAACUCAGUAUAUACGAAACCAAAAAUCUAAUGAACGAAUUGAGAUGUAUAUUAGAAGAGGUGUGUACUUUAUCUCUUCUAAUGUUUUAUUAAUUGAUUUAUUAACAUUUAAAAUAAUCCCUGAAAUUAUUGAUGGUAUUUUUAUAUGUAAAAGUCAUAAACUUAUUUACAGUGUUAAAGAGCUUUUUAUUAUAGAGUUAUACAGAAAGAGAAAUAAAUAUGGAUUCAUAAAAGGAAUUAGUAAUAAUAAAAAAUUAAUAAAUAAUCAACACAUAUUAAAUAUAGCACAUAAGUUAUAUAUGAAAAAAGUAUAUUGUUAUCCAAGAUUUCAUAAAAAUGUCCAUUUAUCGUUAAAUAAUAAAUUUAUACAACCAAAUAUAUAUGAAAUAAAUCUAAAUCUACCUACAAGUACAAACAAAAUAGAAGAAAAUAUUCUAAAUCUAAUACAUUACUUAAAUUUAGAAAUUAAAAAAUUCCACACUUUUCAUGAUUUUGAUAUCAACUCUUUACUCUAUUCUGAUAGUGCAGAAAAUUAUACUAUGAAUUAUAUUAAAACAAAAAGUCUUACAUAUAAUACCAAAAAACUGCUCAAAGAAAUUAUUACUCUUGUUAAUAUAUUAUAUAAUUUAUAUAUAUAUGAUGAUGUUAUAUUUUAUAACUACCUUAAAAAUUUAAAAGAAGCAGAUAAGGAAUCUACUUGGAUGUACUGUAAUGAGGCAAAUGAAAUAUUUCACAUAGCCAAUCAAAGGAAAAACAUGUUUUUAAAUAAAAUUAAUAUGGAUAAUACUGUAGAUGCUAACGAAGUAGACAACAUACAAACCAUUAUACAUAGAAUUCAGUAUGAGCAGAGAUAUUUUCAUAAAUCGUAUGAAAUCAAAAGAGAACAAAAUGAAAUAUACAAAUGGAUAUACGAGCUCGUAUACAAAAGAGAUAUAAACAUAAGAGAAUAUAAAAAAAUUCUGUUAAAAAAAAAAAAAGAAAAAAAAAAAUACGAAUCAUCUCAGUCUUUUCUCAACAAGAGAAGAAACUGCAACACAGGGAAGGAACAACAACAAAACAUGCUUCUAAAUGGAAAGGUAAAAACGCACUUCCGCGAAGGUAACAACAAAUAUGCCUCCCUUUGUAAAAGUGAAAGAUACCACGACCAGCAAAGUGAAAUGGAGUACAAUUCCGAGGUGCAAAAUUAUACAAGUAAUACAAAUACAAAGGGUCAUAUGAGUACCUCUAAACUAAAUAAUUACCCAUCUGUAGACAGAAAAAAUAUAUUUAAUUAUAUAAAGAAUAAGGAGAUAAAUAGUAAAGCAGAUGCACUUGAUGAGGGGGAUAAAGAUAGCGUACUUAUGGUAGGGCAUCCAAAGGUGAAGCAAGAGAGGCGGAUUUAUAGCACUGAACUGCAGGAAGAAGAAAGGGAGGGAGCGUCAAAAGGAGAAGGAGUUCACGGAAGAAAAGCCAAGGAGGAGGAGGGAAAGGAAAACGAGAGGAUAAUUCACAGUAUAGUAAUGGAUCGCGCGCAAAUUGAAGAACAUAAAAAUUGCCAUAAUAGCAGUAGUUGUAAUAGUAAUAAUAACAAUAGUGUAAAUAAUAACUGCAGUAAUAGUCGAAGUAAUAAUGGUAAUGGCAAUAGUUAUAGUAGUAGUAAUAAUGAGGAGGAUGAAGGAAAGACCCUCAACGAUGGAAAGCAAGUGAGAAAAGUGGACUACCCGAUUGCGAUAAUAGUCGAUAAUUUCUAUACUCAAAAAGAAUUUUAUAAUUUGCUCAUUCACAAAAAUGAGAAUAACGUAAACCUCAAAUUUUUUCUAAAAUCAGAGGAAAAAAUGAAGGUGUAUAACAUUUCCGAUGACUCAUCGAACGGAUCAUAUGAAUCCAAUAUGUCUAAUUCGUCUAAUUCGUCUAAUUCGUCGUACUCGUCGAAAAAGACUUUUCAGCGUGAUCAUAACUUCCCAUCUUUAGAUUUCGUUAAUUUUCAUAUUCCAAACUAUGCGAUAAAGGAAAAAACGGAUAACUUGAAAUAUAUAAAACCCCACGUUUAUAUUUUAUGUAUUAAUAAAAAUUACGAUACUGUUUAUACAUCUGAAAACUUUCUUGAUGAUUGCUCUGAAAAGAUGAAUUCGAUAAAUCGCGCUACUCAUAAGGGAUGUUUCGUGCGGGGACAAAAGGAGGGAAAAACGGAUAGGCAGGAGGUGAACACUGUCGGGUUGAAUAAUAGCGGUGUAUAUAGCGGCCAAGCAAAUGGCUGCAGAGUGAACUACAGUAAAGAUCGACCUUCCAAGAAGAACCAAAGAGAGAAACGCUUUUUUGAAAUAAAUGAAUACUGUGGUAAUUUGGAUUUCCUAGAACUAUUUCUAAUGUGGAUAAAGCCGUAUAGAAUUAUCCUAACCACUCUAGAUUUAAGUAUCUUUAGAAAUGUGGAAAUUUAUUGUGCUAGGUUGUUUCAGCAUAACGUGUACAAGCUACAUAAGGAGAGUUUCUUCAACGAAUUGAUGAAUUAUGAGGAAAAUAACUUGAUGUAUGACAGUAUCAGCGAAGAGCGCAUAUUUGUAAAAAAAGAACAACAGCAGAAGCAUCAACAGUUGAAACGGAAAAAGAUUAGCGGCAGCUACGAUAGUGAUAAGGGGAAACAGGUUAGCAGUAGCUGCCACAGCACGAGGACGAACCGUAAGAAUGACUCUAAUUGCAGAUAUAACAAGGAAACAGCAAAGCAAAGAGAAAAAGACAGAGGAGUAAACAAUUUUAAAAUUAUAAAAGUAUUACACAGUAUUUGCAAUACGGUUGAGGUAUUCUUAAUAUUUUAUAAAAACAAUAUACUUUAUAAUAAAUAUUUAAAUAGUAUAAAAACGGAAAAAAGUAAUUGGUUCAAUUUCAUAGAAAAUAAAAACAAUCUUCGUUUUGAGGUAGAUCGUAAUGUGUUCAAUAAAAAUCUCGAUCUUUUUAAAAAAGUAGUAGAUGCAUAUUUUUUAUUUCAGAAAAAGUUUAAGGAAAAUAAAAAAAAUAUAAUUAAUUUUAACAAAGCCUUAUGUGAAGAAUUUAAAGUUUUUCAAGAUGUAAAAUUAGAUGAACAUAUAGAAAAUAAAAAUGUAAUCCUAAGUAGUGCACUUAAUAGUAAUUAUAUAAGUAUGGAGGAAGAGGAAUUAUUUAUAGAAAAUUAUAAAAAUAAAAUAAAUAAAAAGAGUGAUAUAGUCCCACUAGAUGAAAAAACAAUACAAAAGAUACAAGAACUUUUGCAAAAAUUUUCUAUAGAUUCAUUUAAUCUAAAUUUUAUAUUAUAUAGUAUAUUUAAUAAUACGAAACCUAUUGUUAUUGUUGAUAUAAGGGAGCUUAAAUCUGAUUUGUCAUACAAAUUAUAUAAAAGCAAAAUGCAUAUAAUUCCAUAUUCCUUACUAGUUGGUGAUUAUAUAUUAACUAAAGAUAUAUGUGUAGAGAGAAAAACUAUAGUAGACCUAAUUCAAUCUUUAAAUAAUAAUAGAUUAUAUAACCAAAUUAAACAAAUGUCCAAAUAUUAUUCUAUGUAUCUUUUAUUAAUAGAAUUUAAUACUAAACAUUUAUUCUAUUUCUCUUCUUUAAAUGAUAAACAUUCAAUCUACACAAAGUUAAUAAUUCUUUGCCUUCAAUACCCAAGACUUCGAAUCCUUUGGAGCCCUUUUUCUCUUUUUACUGUUAAACUUUUUUGGGCUCUCAAAGUUAAUUCUGAACAACCCGAUAUUUUCAAAUCCCUUCAUAUCGACCUGACCCUCCAGAAACACGCACAUCGGCCAAUUGUGGAUGCAUCAACAAACGGACAAAAAGGGACAGGAAAAGAGGAGGAGCUAGAGAUGGGAAAGGAGAAAGCAAAGCAGGAGCAGACGAUACAAAAGAAUAUGAAGACGGAAAAGAAUAAGGGCAUGAAUAAAGAGGAGGAACAAUCAUCAGCUCCACCAAGGGAUACUGAAUCUAAGAAUGACGUGCAAUUGAUAGAGCCGAACAAAGUAGAUGACUUAAAAAAUAAUAGCUUUGAUUCUAUGAACAACAACCGCAUCGAGGAAGUUGAAAAUUACGCGGAAGGGAAUGGGAACAACGAAAAUGAGCACAAUGAAGAAUUUUAUAAAUACGAAACAAUAAACGACCUAUUUGAUAAAAAUUUAAAUAAUUUAGAAAAUGUGGACACUAGUAAAACUUUUAAAAAAAUGGAGAGUGUAACUAAUUGGAAUGCUCUUGAAAUAUUAAAAGCACUGCCAGGGGUAACGGAAAAAAAUAUGCAUCUUAUUAUAAAUAAUGUUAACUCCUUGUAUGAUCUGUGCGAAAAAACGGUGGAAGAACUAGAGUCCUACAUGAGUAAAAAUAAUGCAAAGUUGUUGUAUGAUUUUUUAAAUACGGACGUUUCUUGA